AUGGAAACGAAAAAUAUGUACUUUUUGCAGCAAAGACCCGUUGAGACGAUUGAAACGAAUAAAAAUAAGAAAGCAAGAUUCUGUGAUAUCAUACAAAUUUUUGAAUUUCCAAGCACUAAAGAUACCUUGCUUUAUGCAUCAAAUUCAGUAAAACAACUAGAAGAUAUCGCAUUUAGUGUAAUUAAAGCGUAAUUUCUACAUAGGAGUCAAAUUGAUGGAAGAUCAAAUCGCAGCAAUAAUUACUUCAUAAAAAGAUAUGCCUUAUUGUAGACAAUAGUCCUAUUUUAUUGAAAAUUAUUGAAAAACUGCAUUUUGCUGUAUUAUAAAUGCUAUUUUUAUAGAAAUAGAGCAAAAAUUUCGCCAUUUUUUUCUAUAUAAAAAUGUAUACGAUUUAAAUGGAAUUUGUACAGAUUUUUAUACAGGGGAGCAAUAUGCUUGAGAUAUGCACCCACAAGCAGUCCAUCAUUCUCCCUCACGAAGAGGAAUUAUGAAAAAAAAGAAAAAUUUGACUUUAAAAGUGAGCGAUGAGUACGAAAUAAGGAGCAGGGAAGGCUUUCACUCUACUCUGGCAAGGUCAAGGAGCUCUUUUUUAGCGAAAUUAAAACCUAUUGAUACAGUAGCGCCAAAGAGGCAAAAUAAUGCUUCUUUUCAACGGAGAAAUAUAAGACUUCAUACAGAAGUUUUGACAAAAAGGUCGAGCACGAGUUCAAAUAAACAAAGAUCUUACUUACUUAAUUAUUAAUAGCACGCUUAACGUCCAAUACCACAUUCCCUGCACGGGUAUCCGUCCUGCUUCUGGGUACCCCGCUCCCACCAAAAUGUCGUGCACCACCUGGCUUCAAGGCUAAAUGGUCCCAUUGGCUUCGGCGUUCGGAUUUCGACGGCCGUCCUUCCGGCUCUCGGGCAAGCCAACUUGGGUCCGUCAGGCACCCUAAAGGUCCCAGUCUCCACCGCCUGGGGUUGGUGGCAUCGUUCCAGAAAAUUCGAAUUCCCUGAGGGACAGAAGUCCUGCGUCGCGCACCGCAGGAUCUUGAAGCCCUGUCAUAGCCGGGAUAAAUUCGCUGGGGAAAGCCAAACCUCAUAAUCAAAAAAUUGAGGAAGAGAAUUUUCGGUCGGGAGACCAGAAAAUUCGAAUGACGCCAUUUUUUGAUUAUCAAAUAAACAAAGAUCAACAUUAUCUGGAACGUCGAUAAUAACGCUUUCUCCAUUAUUUAAAUAG